UGUCUUGGCUCUAGGUCCCCACUUUUCAUGACCGAAUAUUUCUUGCCAAUUCCUUCUAGACAGCAAAGCUUGUUUUGAAAAAUCAGCUGACAGUCUUAUGGAAACUCCCCUGUAGGUAACUAACUGCUAUUCUCUUGCUGCUUUUAAGAUCCUUUCUAUCUUUAACAUUUGGCAUUUUUGUUAUGACGUGUCCUGGAAUGGGCCUCUUGCAUACAUGUUGCUUGCGACUCUCUGUGCUUCUUGGACAUUCAUGUCUUUUACUUCAUCAAAUAAGGGAAGUUUCUUUCAUAAUUUUUUCAAAUAGAUUUCCAAUUUCUUGCUCUUUCUUUUCUCCUUCCAGCAUCCCUAUGAUGUGAACGUUGGAAUGCUUGAAGUUGUUCCAGAGGCUGCUUAUACUAUCCUCAUUUAGGGGAAUUCUUCUUGUUGUUCUGAUUAGAUGUUUCUUGCUUCCUUAUGUUCCAAGUCAUUGAUUUGAUUCUCAGCUUCAUUCACCCUACUCUUUCCCUGUAAUUGCUUUUUAUAUCAAUUAGUGAAUCCUUUGUUUUUGACCAAAUCUUCUUUAUACCAUUGAGGUCCUCCCUAAGUUCCUUGAGCAUCCUUAUAACUAGUGUUUUGAGCUCUGCAUCUGAUAGAUUGCUUAUUUCCCUUUUGUUUAGCUCUCUUUCUGGAACUUUGAUCUGUUCUUUCAUGUUGGCCAUGUUUCUUUGUCUCCUCUUUUGGGAGACAAAAGAGGAGUCAGCUUCCCUGAGUUUGUCUGUGUGUUAGGUAGAGCUGCUAUCUUCUAUGACUCCCUGUCUUGGUAGCAUGUCCUAAUGUUGUAGGUGUCCUGUAGGGGCUAGUGGCACAGCCUCCCCUAUCACCCAAGCUGGGUACUUGAGGUAUGUCCUCUGUGUGAGCUGAGUACACCCUCCUCUUGUAGUUGAGCUUUGAUUGCUGAUGUCAGGUCAAUGGGAGGGAUUUGCCCAAGCCAGUCAGCUGCAAGGACUGGCUGUGACCACUGACCACCUACCUCCUCCCUUCGUGGAGGGUCCACUGUGCAGGGGCAGGGCGGUAGCGCUCUGACAGGGUGUACAGUCUCUCAGGUAUCCUGGAUGGUGCAAGGCAAGGUCAGCCCCCACCUGCGUUUGCCCUGGGCCACCCUUCAUGAGCUACAAAGCAAUCUGAGAUGGCUGCUACUUGUGCUGGGAUUAGAGAUUCCCAUGUGAAGCCAAGCUGUGAAUUUAGGCUGGCUGUGGCUAGUGUGGGGUCUGGGGCCACUUAAUAAGAGGCGGGAGGGCUGGGGGCUUACUGAGGCUGACUGUUGCUUGUUUGAUAGGAUUUAGGAGGUUGUGAAACAUAAGCCAAGACUAGUCAUUCAUAUGGAAAAGUCACAGUUAAGAGUUCGGGUGGGCCUGUAAAUUGAGGAAGGGAGUCUCACUGGAUUACAGAGCAGGGCAAACUGUUAGCAGGUCCAUGGAGUCUCAGAUAUGGCACCUGCCUGCUGGUUCUGUGGCUCUGUGGGCAAAGGAUGCAGAAAAGAGGCCAUGGCCUCUGCCCAACUUUCUGUCAGGGUGAAAGCUGUCCCUCAGCUUUCACCUUCAUGCCAGACACUUCAGUUCCUCCCUGUGUGUCACCGGUGCCUUCAAGCUGCUACCCCAGGGCUGGAGCUCAGAGGGAGUAUAUCUCAAUUAGAAGAGGAGUCAUGUCAGAAGAAACAGUCAGCGAAUCACAGUUUUCCUUGAAGACAGCAGCACUAAGAGCAUUUGAACGGCCUCUGUCUUGGUACUAUUCUCUCUCCCAGGCAACCACUGAUAUGUUUUUUAUCAGAUUUUCGCCGGUAGCUAAAAAGUUGUUUGUGGUAACUGCAGUGACUACCGUAUCUGUAAUUUUUCUGGCCCAUCACUUUAAAAGAAGACGUGGAAAAAAGAAGGGAAAAAUAUUACCAUGGGAACCAGAGCACCUCGUACUUGAAUACACUAAAAGAGCAGCAUCAGAUAAAGGUUCAAGUUGUUCCAGUAGUAGACAGAAUUUGACUUUAUCUUUAAGUUCUGUCAAAGACAAAGGAUCUCAGUCUUGUAACUAUGUUAAUGGAGAACUUUUCAGUAAAUACUCAGGUUCUGCACAGAGUUUGGCCUCUGUCCAGAGUGUCAAUUCUUGUCAUAGCUGUGCUUAUGGCAAUUCUAAUUCCUGGGACAAAGCAGAUGAAGAUGAUAUUAAACUCGUUAAUAUUCCUGUGACUACUCCUGAGAACUUAUACUUGAUGGGUAUGGAAUUGUUUGAAGAGGCAUUGCGUCGAUGGGAACAAGCUCUAACCUUUCGAAAUAGACAGGCUGAAGAUGAAGCCUGUAGUUCCAUUAAACUGGGCGCAGGAGAUGCCAUUGCUGAAGAAAGUGUGGAUGAUAUUAUUAGUACUGAAUUUAUCCAUAAACUUGAAGCUCUGCUGCAAAGAGCAUACCGUCUCCAAGAGGAGUUUGAAGCUACCCUGGGGGCAUCCGAUCCUAGUUCUCUUGCUAAUGAUAUUGAUAAAGAUACGGAUAUCACUAUGAAGGAGAAUGUGGAUGACUUUGGCCUACGAGACACCUUGAGUAUUGCGUCAACCGAUUCUUUUGCUUCAGCAGCAGAGCUUGCAGAACACAGAGAUGCACGGCAUACUUACAGUCUGGAGUCCCUUUGCCACUGCCCUUUCUACGAAGAAGCCAUGCAUUUGGUUGAGGAAGGAAAAAUUUACUCAAGAGUGCUUAGAACUGAAAUGCUGGAGUGCCUAGGAGACAGUGAUUUUCUUGCCAAACUUCACUGUGUUCGACAGGCUUUUCAGGUCAUUCUUUCAGAAAGAGCUAACAGGAUAUUCCUUGCUGAGAGUGGAAGGAAAAUUUUAUCAGCAUUAAUUGUGAAAGCAAGAAAGAAUCCAAAGAAGUUUGAAGAUGUUUUUGAUGAAAUGAUCUAUUUUUUAGAGCAGACUGACCACUGGGAUAGUACUGAAAUGGAACUUGCUGCUAGAGGAGUGAAUAAUCUAAAUUUUUAUGAUGUUGUUCUGGAUUUUAUAUUAAUGGAUUCCUUUGAAGAUUUAGAAAACCCACCCACAUCCAUACAGAAUGUAGUAAAUAAUCGUUGGCUAAACUCCUCCUUCAAAGAAACUGCUGUGGCUUCAAGUUGUUGGUCGGUGCUGAAGCAGAAAAGGCAGCAGAUGAAGAUUCCAGAUGGAUUUUUUGCCCAUUUUUAUGCCAUCUGUGAGCAUAUCAGCCCUGUCCUGGCCUGGGGCUUUUUGGGUCCUAGGAAUUCGCUCUAUGAUUUAUGUUGCUUCUUUAAGAAUCAGGUUCUUUUCUUUCUCAAAGACAUAUUUGACUUCGAGAAAGUACGCUAUUCCAGUAUAGAGACUUUGGCCGAAGACCUCAUGCAGUUACUUAUUCGCCGCACUGAACUUUUAAUGGCCUAUCUUGGAGCUGAUGCCCUGAGGCACGCAAGUGGCUGUACAAGUAGUCACGGUCAUGUCUUGUCCAGUGGCCUAGUGGAAGCCAAAGUGCAAUAAGUGUCAUGAAAAUCAGACAAUUUGAAUAUGUCGUGAACUGUUUGAAGGUAACUAUUGAUUCUGUAACAUUACACAGAACCGGUGGCUAUGGACUCAGGGAGGGAAAACAGUCUAGUAAAGAGUGAGUGACCGCACUGUACUUACACAGAAGUUCUGUCAUCGAAUCCCUGUGUAGUGUAUCCAAAGCAGCUUUUUGUAGUCUUUAGGUAAUAAUUGAAGUUGUGAAAUGUUGCAUAUUUUACAGAAAUAUUGCUUGAAUUGAAGUCAGUACUUGGGAGUUAAUUGAUUUGUCGUCUUGAAGCUAUCUGGAGUAUCCACUAUCAUUCUCAAAAGCUCUGUUUCGAUGCUUUGCACCUUGAAAUGAAACACUUUAGCUAAGACCUAUGUGGCACACACAUACAAGAAUGCAUUACUCCUAGUGCUGACAAGCUUAACUUUGCCUGAAAAUGUAUUUUUAAUCGUCAAGUUAUUCAUUUGUUUAAUCACGUUUAGACAGUAGUGGUGUUUAAUAUGUACUGCUUACAUUAUUACUUGUAUAUUUGCUUAUGAAUUUGAAUCAGAUAAAUUGUAAUGGUUGAGUAUUGUUAUAAAACAUUUAAAUGAAUUGACACUGAGAUGUUUACAGGUUGUAAGAUCAUAUUAGAUUUACUAUUUCCAAAAUAUAUUACUGUUGGUCCUAUAAGUUAGAAUAGAGACACGAAAGAAAUUUCUUUUAUCUUUUUAUAGAUUAGAGCAUUUUCCUGUUAAAUGAAUAUUGAUUAAAAGAUAAGUUAUUAACUAUGACAGACAAUUAAAAUAUUUUCUGUGUAGUUUUUAGACAAUCUCCCAACAUCUGAAGUUAUUAAUCUUAGUAAGAUGAUUUCUCCCUAUUCCUGCAAAACUGGUUUUUAGUUAUUCUCACAGAAAACUUAGUACAUUUUGUCAUAUUAUGUCCAUAUUUUUAAAAUAUUCAUACUUUCAAUCUAAGCGAGGUUUUAAAGAAGGGGUUUUCCCCCAUGAAUGAAGAACAAAGUACUUUCAUUGACUUUAUGGGGGUGACACUGGUCCGUGGGGUCACCAAAGUGUCAAGUGCAGAUUUCCGUGGUCCAUGCUCUGUGUGCUGCACUGUGUCCCCACCCCCAGUCAGACCAUUUCUGUCACCGCACAUUUGGCCCCCUCUCAUCAUCUCCUAAGCCCCCACCCCCUUUGCUCUGGUAACCAGCAUGCUGCUGUCUGUCUGUGUCAGUUUUAUACCCCAUGCGUGAGUGAAAUCAUAUGGUCCUCAGCUUUUUCUCAGUGACUUAUUUCACUUAGCAAAACAUUCUCAAGGUCCAUCCCUGUUGUUGCAAAUGGCCACAUUUCCUCUUUUCUUAUGACCGAGUAAUAUUCCUUAGAAUAUAUGUGCCAUAUCUUCUUUAUCCAGUCUUUCAUCAAAGAACACUGAGAUGAAUUAUUUUUAAUGGUAUGGAAGUAUAUUUCAUGUCCUUUAUGAUAAAUAUAUGAACAGAUGGGUUGUUCAUAUAAGUAAGGCUCUUUAGAGUAUAUUAGAUACUUUCAGAAUUGUAUUAAUUUUCUGUCUAAAUCAUAUACUACUUACUAGGAGUGGCUGAUGCAGUAUGUCAAUGUAUUGGAUUUGUUGAUUUUGUUUUUAAAGUGGGCUUUAUUCAUUUUAGGAGUAAGUUACCUAGAAGGAUUUAAAUAUAUUUUUAAAAUGCAUUUUUAGAUUUAAGUGUCUAGUUUCUAAUUAAUGAAAAGUAGUGAGGGGGUGUAAUUUUUUUUUAAGGUUUUAAAUAUAUAUAUGCCACAUUUAGGUAACAGUAGUUACAAAAUAUGAGAUUCAACACCUUCAUGCUGUUUGCAUGUACUGUGUUCCAUACCGUACAGGUUAUAGCACUAAGUAAUAAGACAUAUUGGUCUCAUAAUUUUUGAGCAUAUAGUUCUUUGACUUUUCUUAUAUACAUUCUUAAUUUAAGAAUUGGCUAUUUAUAAUGCUUUUUAUUGAUGGAGGAAUAUCAUUAAAAGUAUCAAAGCUAAAAAUUCCAUUAUGUAAUGUUCUAGUUUUUAACUUAUACCUUGUAUUUUUAGCUUCUUAUUGAAGUACCACUGGCCUUGAAUGAGUCACACACAUACACACUUACGUACACACACACAUUCCCGUUAUCCUGAAGGCAAGACAGUUAUUGUUUAUAUUAAUUUUCCUGUUUGGUAGGGGCUAAAUAUUUUAAACUGUGGUGUUAUAAACAAAGCUAUAAGUAAACUUAAUGACUCUUUUAUUUGAGGAAGAUACUGUUUGAAAUCUGUUUUGAAGAAUUGCACUAUUUAAUAAUGCUGCUACUAUGUAAAAUAACUGAAGAAUUUAUUUCAUCAGGUAAGAUGAAUGGCUUUCCAGAAGGUGUUUCUCUUUUUUCUUUUUUAUUUCACCUUAAAAAAAAGUUGGCCAUAUUCAAGAGGUUGGUUUGUCUAAUUAAGAGCUUGAGUUUGAUUAGUUUCUGGUCAGUUCAGUAGCUACUACUUGGGGAAGUCCUUUCUUUGUGGCCUUUAACGAAAGAGUCAAGAGUGACCAAAUAGAAUUUCAGGGUAAUAAGUAUAGGGGAAAAAACUUCUCUAUUGUAAGAGAAGAAAUGACUUUUUUAAAAGAAAUAUCUCUUUAAAAUAUUUUUGACCACAGAAGACCACUUAAGACAUAUAUACCAAUUGCAAUUUUCCUUGAAAUGGGGUUAAACAGUUAAUGUUUUAAAAAUAAAAGAAAAUGACUUAAACUAGUUUAAAAUCUUUUAGGUUAAAACCCUGUUUAACAUUUAUUCAUGGUAGUAUUAUCAGAAAAUUGCCAUUGCCACAUGAGUCCUACUAUCCACUUCUAUAUGUAAAUUUUAAGAGGGCCCUGAAUUAGUUCUGAGAAAAUGGACUUUUUUUCCAUUUCUGUUUUCUGGGAGAAAAAAGAUGAGUGUUCAGGUGAUUUAUAUUUGGCUUUUUUUUUUCUAUUUUGGUUUCUCUAAAUUUUUAACUAAAAGUCUAGUUAUUUCUUCUCUAAGACUUACGAUGUUUAUUAAAUAUCAAAAUGAGAUUAUCUUUUUAAAAAGAAGUCAGGUUUUUUAUUCUGUUAUAGUCAGCUCCAAAGAACUUUCUCUCCUAUAUUCUGUGUUUGCAUCCAUUUACUAUGAUUAUAUUAUUUGUUGAAUUAAUUGACUUUACAAAAAUAUUUACAAACUUUUUCUUGCCUUAAAGAUGUAACAUUUUGUACUUAAAUGAUUAGCUAAGGAAUGAUUAUUUGCAUUACAAAAGAAUGCUUUAUCUCCUUUAAACAUAUGAAAUAGGAAUGCCAAAGUAACAUUUAAUAUACUUCUCUGUGACCUUUCAUAAUCAGAAGUUUUAAAUUAUGUUUGUAACAUAAUUUGCUUGUAUUUUAAUGUGAACACAUUAUGGAAUUAUUUGGAAUAUACACUUCAACGUAUUUUACAAAUUAGGCUGAAUUCAAAAUUUUGGUUAUUUGCUUGUAUUAAUCUAAUUUAGAAAUAUCUCUGUAUGUGAGACUUAGGAAUUUGUAUAAUCUAUGAUUAAUGGAAAUAAGGGCAUCCUGGGCUUUGUUCCUAAUGAUUAUAUUGUGUUAUGUUUUGCUUAGUUCAAGAACAACCAUGUAUUAGCUUUACUUGGCUGAUAUCAUCAGUAAAUGUAUCUAUUUCCUAAAUGUAAGGACUGUACCAACUAGUUUAUGUAAAAGUGAAACACUACAGUAGCAAAAAAAAAACAAACAGCACUGGCUCUUUAUCCAAAAUAAGCACUAUAACAUGGAUGUAGUUCUACUACUGCCAAAUAAAAAAGUGAUGGUGUA